CAUUUGAGAACAGCGCCUGGAGAGUGACGUCAUUUCUACCGACGCCUCCGCGCGUGUGCGCAUGCGCAUCGACACAUCCACAGUGGACAUCUUGGAAUUAAAGGGGCGCCGAGCGAAUCCUGACAAAAGCUACGAUUCCAGGACGCUGGUCUGCUGGAUCAUGUCCAUGAUGCUGUCUCCUCGUGAUGAGAAGCUGGAGAAGCUGUCGCAGGAGGAGAUCAUCUCCAACACCAAGCUGGUGAUCCAGGGUCUGGAGGCGCUGAAGAACGAGCACAACUCCAUCCUGCACAGCCUCCUGGAGACCAUCAAGUGUCUGAAGAAGGACGAGGAGGCCAGCGUGGUGCACGAGAAGUCCAGUCUGCUCAGGAGAUCUGUGGAGAUGAUCGAGCUGGGGCUGGGCGAGGCUCAGGUGAUGAUGGCUCUCUCCAAUCAUCUGAACGCGGUGGAGUCGGAGAAGCAGAAGCUGCGUGCUCAGGUGAGGCGUCUCUGUCAGGAGAACCAGUGGCUUCGAGACGAGCUGGCGAACACACAGCAGAAGCUGCAGAAGAGCGAGCAGAGCGUGGCACAGCUGGAGGAGGAGAAGAAACACCUGGAGUUCAUGAACCAGCUCAAGAAGUACGACGAGGACGUGUCUCCUUCGGAGGAGAAGGACGGUGAGCCGCCCAAGGACUCUCUGGAUGAUCUGUUUCCUAACGAUGAGGAGGAACACACUCAGGGAAUGCAGCACCAGCACAACAGUGCGGCGGUGGCGGCGGCGCAGCAGGGCGGCUACGAGAUCCCUGCGCGGCUGCGGACGCUUCAUAACCUGGUGAUCCAGUACGCGUCUCAGGGCCGCUACGAGGUGGCCGUGCCGCUCUGCAAACAGGCUCUGGAGGAUCUGGAGAAAACCUCGGGACACGACCACCCCGACGUGGCCACCAUGCUCAACAUCCUGGCACUCGUGUACAGGGAUCAGAACAAAUAUAAAGAGGCGGCUCACCUGCUGAACGACGCUCUCUCCAUCAGAGAGAAAACCCUGGGCAGAGACCAUCCUGCUGUUGCAGCCACUCUCAAUAAUCUGGCAGUGCUGUACGGGAAGAGAGGCAAGUAUAAGGAGGCCGAGCCGCUGUGUAAACGAGCGCUGGAGAUCCGAGAGAAGGUGCUGGGGAAGGAUCAUCCGGACGUGGCGAAGCAGCUGAAUAACCUGGCGCUGUUGUGUCAGAAUCAGGGCAAGUAUGAGGAGGUGGAGUAUUAUUACUGCAGAGCGCUGGAGAUCUACGAGCGUCAGCUCGGCCCGGACGACCCCAACGUGGCCAAAACCAAGAACAACCUGGCCUCCUGCUUCCUCAAACAAGGCAAAUAUAAAGAAGCUGAGGUUCUGUAUAAAGAGAUUCUGACCCGCGCUCACGAGAAGGAGUUCGGAUCUGUGGACGCCGAAAACAAGCCCAUCUGGAUGCACGCGGAGGAGAGAGAGGAGAUGAGCAAGGGGAAGCACAGAGACAACACACCGUACGGAGAAUACGGAGGCUGGUACAAAGCCUGUAAAGUCAACAGCCCGACGGUCAACACCACGCUGAGGAACCUGGGAGCUCUGUACCGCAGACAGGGCAAGCUGGAGGCAGCAGACACACUGGAGGAGUGUGCCACCAGAUCACGCAAACAGAGCAUCUCUGGUCUGGAUGUGGUCCAUCAGACGCGUGUGGUGGAGCUCCUGAGGGAGGACGAGAGCGCUGAGCGCCGGCGCAGCAGAGACAGAGACAGAGACAGAGACAGCGUGAAGUACGAGAGCAGCUCUGAGGGAGCAGAUGAAGUGAGUAUGGCCAUCGAGUGGAGCGGGGCAGUGCAUGUAAGACUGUGGAUGUGAAGAUGACUUUCAUACCCAGAAUAAAUCACACUUGCAUUCUUGUGUUUGCGUUCAGAUUGUUUCUGUUCUGAGGCUUCAUGAGAUGAUGAUCUCUCACGAAUCAUCUCUUGUUUUUGAGUCAUUCAUCCAUGUACUGCUCCUUCACCAGUGGUUUAGUGAUGUGAGCUGCGUGUGUGUGUGUGUGUGUCUGUGCCUGUGCAUGUGGUGUGUGUGUCGUGUCGUAGCGCCUGCAUGGCUCUGUGCCUCACCAUCACUACCUGCCACUAACCAGCCACAUCACCGCAGCUGUUGCCUUGACAACAAUCAGCCAAUCAGCAGCCUUUCCCAACAGCAUCACGAGUCUGAGUAGAUAAAGCAACAGAUGUCAUCGAAGGUUUCUGCGAUCUACUUACGAUGCUUUUGGGAAACACAGCUGGGAUCAGUUUUGCCUGACGCAGUGGAUCGUACUCCUCCCUUCUUCACUGAGAGACACACUGGAGCUCCAGGCAUAUCUAUAAAUGUACAACACAUACAGUUACACAACUAGUCUGUAAUCAAGUCUCUUCUGCUCACCAAGGCUGCAUUUAUAAUAAAAUAAAAUAUUAUUAGAAUGUAAGUCAGCUGUUUUCUGUGUGAAUAUCUCCAGUAUUUUAAAACUUUAAUUUAUUUCUGUGAUGCAUUCACUUUUUAUCGAUUUAAUGCAUCCUUGAUGAAAACAAGUAUUAAGUAUUGUUCUAAAAAAAAAUCUUACUAACUUCUGAACGGUAAUGUAUCACAGUUACUACAAACAUAUUGAGCAACUGUGUUCAACACUGAUAAUAAUCAGAAAUGUUUCUUGAGCAGUAAAUCAUCAUAUUAUCAUGAUUUCUGAAGAUCAUGUGACACUGAAGACUGGAGGAAUGAUGCUGAAAAUACAGAAAUAAAUUACACUUUAACACAGAUUCACACAGAAAACAGAUGAUUUACAUUAGAAUAAUAUUUAAUGUCUUUUACUCUAUUUUUGAUCAAAUAAAUGCAGCCACUGUGAGCAAAAGAGACUUAUGUUGUAGAGGAUAAAUCACUGCCCUUGAAAAGAAGUCCAGCCCAGCGUUUGUUUCCUGUUCUACUUCCUGUGUCAUGACUUCAGUGAUGGACAGGAGCUGCUGCUCUCUCGGUUUUCACUUUGACUUUAUAAAGCAACAGUUAAUGAAUUUAACUAAAUAAGUUAAGUAAAUUACAAAUAAAUGAUAUAUACAUAAUGGUGUGUGUGUAUAUAUAUAUAUGUAUGUAUGUAUGUAUGUGUUAUCUGUUUAUCAGCACUUGGCCUAUUAAGUAAAUAUAGUAGACGUGUGUUUGGAGGGGUGUGAGAGUGACAGACAGAUUGACAGACAGAGAGACAGAGAGAGAGAAACAGACACAGAGAGACUGAGAGAUGGACAGAGAGAGAGACAGA